CGUUGCUUUACUUCUACUCACUUGCUUCUAGAGAGACCUUGACGGCGGCGGUCUGUGUUGUUUGUGCCGAAACUUAUAAAAGUCUCGUUUUCGAUCCCGAUGGAAACUGAACUUUGACCCAGAAGAGGAAAGAAAGAAAAGUCUCUGAUAGUAGUUGUUAAGUGACGCUUAGAAAGCGUGAAGGAAGGAAGGAAGGUCCGCCGCCCGUUGAGACUGAGCGGGAGAUCUUUCUAAGCAACCCAUCAAUCAUCAAUCAUCAGUCACCCAGUUGGACGCCGCUGAGUACACAGAGUGAAGGUCAAAAGAUGCCCACCACAGCAGGGAAAGCAGCAGGAACGGCAGCAGGUGUGACGCUCCUAGGGGCCAGAAUGAGCAGGCACAUCCCAGCCUCAUCGUCGCAUUCCACCUGUACGGCCCCAGGCGCGCCCUCCGCUUCAUCCUCUUGCGCGCCCUUUUCCUCCUCCUCCUCCUCCUCCUCCUAUUCCUCCUCGUCCUCGUCCUUCUCCGCGCCCCAGAUGAUGAGAAGGUCUCUCCUGCUGGCGGCCUUGCUGCUGCUCAGCCUGGUGCAAGAGUCGUGGGGCGCCGCGGCCGGAGACCGCAAGCUGAACGUGGCCGAUUCUCCGCGGGUGAUCACUUGCCCGUCCAUCCAGGAGAUUCACCCCUGCACUUGCCGGGUCAUUUCAAAAGGCAAGGAGUCCGGUCUGGACAUAGUUUGCGAUCAUGCAGACGACAAGCAUGUGCGCAGCGCCCUGGACAUCCUGAAGAGAAAGCCCUUCACCAUCUACUGGAUGAAGUUCCGCAACUGCAAGAUGCCCCGCGUGCCCGACUACCUCUUCCUGGGGCUGCAGGUGAAGCACCUCAACAUCAUCCGGAGCAACGUCAGCACCGUCGAGAGGUCUUCCCUGUCAGCCCUUGGCAUGACGCUCCAGUCCCUCGACCUGGCCAACAACAACAUCAGAGAGGUCCCCACGGUUGCCCUGAAUACACUGAAGGUGCUGACGUUUUUGAACCUGAAUUUCAACCAGAUUCAGGUGAUCAACAGCGGCGCCUUCGGCGGACUGACCGUGCUGGAACGCCUGAGUCUCUACGAGAACAAAAUCUCACACAUUGACGACAACGCCUUCAAAGGCAUCGGCAGGAAACUGAUUCGACUGAACUUGGGCAAGAACAAUCUGGACGACAUCCCCACCGACACCUUCCACCCACUGACCAACUUGGAGGUACUCGAUCUUCACGAGAACAAGAUUCACCACAUCCCCGACGGCGCUUUCAAGGGUUUGCAUAAGCUGGACAUCCUCAAACUGGAAUACAAUUUGAUCAGCACCAUUCAGGGCGACGUCUUCAGCGACUUGGGAGUCCUCAAUUCCUUGAACAUCGAACAUAACCACAUCGUCAACAUCAGUGACAGAGCUUUUGCUGGUCUAGAGAGUCACCUCGAGUGGCUGGAACUCGGGAACAACCGUCUGGACCACAUUCCCUCCCACGCCCUCAGGCCACUACACAACCUGCGUCAGCUCGACCUGGACUCGAACAAAAUCACCGAGAUUCAGGAGGACGCUUUCCACGGUUACGGAGACACCAUCAAGUACAUCCUUCUUGACAAGAACCACAUCUCCCGAAUCCCGCCCAACGCCUUCAGAGACCUGCACUCCCUGGAGUGGCUGAAACUCUCCCACAACAACAUCAGGGAAUUGCCGGAGGAGACAGUAAUGCCCAUCUUAGAUACCCUCACCAUGAUCGAUGUGGCAAACAACCCCCUGGUUUGUAACUGCGACCUGCUGUGGCUGAAGGCUUGGCUGAGCAACCCACACAACCAGGACCACGUCGAGUCCGCCGGUGAACACAUCUGUCACACCAAAGACCGCACGACACACGCCAUCGCCAACCUCCCCGAACGGGAGUUCAACUGUCCCCCGCGCCUCCAAGAGGUGGUGCCUGUGACACAGGCAGCUCCUCAGAUUACGCCAACAAGAAGACAAAACGCCACUUCCGGUCCUAUAGGUAUCCUCCAAACAACUCCUCGAGCUCCUGACUCCGCCAGCAUGCUGACUUGCUCUCCGCUGCUCACCACCGUGGCCAUCGUCUCCACUUACUGCUCCUACCUCUCCGACAACCCCUGGCUGAACCAUCCAGCCACCUGGUGAGGAGGAGGAGGAGGAGGAGAAGGAGGAGGAGGAGGAGGAGGAGGAGGAGAAGGAGGAGGAGUAGGAGUCCUCACACCUCGACGACGACGACGACGCCACCAAGACUGUGAGGAAAAAAAACAACCAAUUUUCUCCCGCUCCCUCAUUCCUCUCCUUUGGUUCCUCUUCACAUACCUACCCCCUUCCGAGGACGCGAGCCCUCGCAUUCGGCGGGUGCCAAGCACAGUGUCGUAGGUAGUAUACUCGCUGAGGGCUGAAAGGCCGGAGAUCAAGGCUUCACGAAUAUGACUCUCUUCUUCUUCUUCACGGGAAGUGUUUGUUUGUUUGUUUGUUUGUUUUUUGUUUGCCCCGAGAAGGAGAACCCGGUGGAACAGCAGUACCUUAAGAGACCGCUGCCAGUCCAGCUUUAAAGUUAAAUGGAGUCUGUAAAUAACCAGAGUCAUGACAGUGUGCGACAGAUCUAUCUGUAUGAAUAUGAAAAGAUAUAAAUAUAUAUAACACCUAUAUAAACGUAUACAUGCAUACAUAUAUAUAUAUACAACUCUUUAUUUGCAAGUGGGUUGGGCGCAUAGUUGAUGCUGUAGCUGCUGCCAGUAGGCGAGCCGAUUGAAAUGCGCUGGAGGUCUAUAGUAGCUUCUCUGUCCUUCUCUCACUUGUGGUGUAGUGUCGGGUUUUCGUAGUCGAUGAGCGUCUUGAAGCAAGAACGAUUUGUUUUAGGACUGCGGACCUCAGACUCCACUCGAUGCGUUCACUCGCGAAAGAAAUGAUGAUUCCACCUCCAGCAGUUGUUGCGUAGAGCGUCGUAGUACUACGUAGUACCUCAUUGCAGGUAGCAGCAGCGAGAAAGUCUGUGUAGGCUAAGCAGCUCGACCUCACCCUCAAAGGUGGAAACGAGACUCACUUUCAGAGACGGAGUUCUUCGAUUGAUCCCUGAAUCUGCAUAAACUAUUUUAGUAAUGUACGAUAGUCCCGAAGGACGACAAAUAUUUAUUUAGAAUGUAUAGUAGCAAAAAAAUGUCAGUAUACAGAGACUUAUUUUGCAUAGAUUUCUCACUAUAUAUACAUAUAUCAACGUAGAUCUAUUCAUGGAAAUAGGUAUGUCACUGUAAACCGUUUGGAUGCAUUGUUCGGUAUGUGCCUUUUUUCCCCCUUAUGGCUCCCUUUUUGGUUCGAAAAGUUUUAUUUAUAUAUUUAUUUAUUAUUAUUCUAUAAAUAUAUGCAUAUAUAUAUAUUAUUUAGAAUGAGUAGUAGAGGAGCUUCUGUAGCGGAACGGAAGGAGUUGCAACGGCUGCACACGUACCGAAACUGAGGUUUCCAUUCGGCCAAAGGACCCUUGGGGUGUUGUUCCACUCUAUCAAAUCAGUUUCCUUUUGACGACGGCGCCAAAGGUCUGUUUCUAAAGGAACCGUUUCAUUCGUGCCGUGUUCGCUUGAACAGGACAAAGGACGUCAGUUAUCUUAGGUGGCCCUUUUACUUUGUAAUUUGUUUUCCUUACAAACGGAUUGAGUGUUUAGAAGAAAGUUAUUGCCCUUUUCUCAAACGCAAGCCUAUAUUAUCAGUGAAUCAGUGGCACCAGCUAGUGAUUCCGUGAAGGGAAAUCUUGCAACAAGAACUUACAUUGUCAUUUAGGGAUUUUUUUUCCAAGAUGAAUAUCAUCUGUUUUCUUUGUUGCGACCGAACGAGCCAAUGUUCACUUGAAAUUAAGAGAGUAAUUUAACAAAUAAAUAAAUUUUGUGUUCGUGUCAUUUCUAAAACGUACAGUUUUCGAUUCUUCAUUAUUCUGUGCAAAAACGAAAUUUGCCAAUUGGCUAGGAUUUAUAAACUCGUUUUCUCAGGAUAAUGUUUCCAAUUAAUUGACCAACGGUAUGAGCUUGAUAUUAAAUAGUUAAAAGAAAAAGAGAAUUAACAACUGUUGUGGGGCUUCAUGAGUGAUAGAACUCCAUCUUCCUAUGUUACCUACUACUUUGGUCAGUUGCAAAAUGAAGGAUGAAUAUCAUAAGCCAGACUUUCACAGUGAAUUGAUGUUAUCAUGUUGUGAGAUAUUUGAGUUUGUUAUGAUCUUCCCAUCUGUCGUUUUAUGUGUAAAAGAUUGAUUUUGGUUCAUUUUGUUGUACCCUGAAAGACUGAACUUUCGCACUCGAUUCUAGUCAGCUGUCGUCAGUCCCUCCCCUUCUUAACGUAGGGCGUUUGGAGACGCGAGGUCUGUGAGCAUCGCCGAAGUGUAAACCAUACUCACGUAACCCGAAGCCGAACACAUGAUUUACAUCUAGAGUAGCAAGUACAGACACCACCCUACUUAUGAACGAGUUACGGUCCAGACGAUGGUACUGUACGUUUUCAUCCUAAAACACAAUACUGUGUGUACAGUACUGUACGAAUAGAAUAGGUACACAGGACAAAAUUUUAACUCAUGGGUGGCAAAGGAGUUCCACGAACACAAUUAUUUUAAUUUGCAAUCCAGUUUGUUUGUUCGUCUGAAUGGUUGUAAGUUGAAUGUUCAUAAGCAGGGCAGUGUCUUAGUUCCGAAUAGGGGCAUGUGAGUUUUCCUCACAAGACAGUAGAUUCCACAGAGUUGUCGUUCCAAUGUUAGAGCUUAUUUCGUAGAAAAUAGUGACACAAAUAGGCUCGAGUCUUUUAGGUUUCUUUGCCCUGGAAUGCAAGGGUAGACGUGAUACGCAUCACAGAGUGUGUAGUACCAGUUGUCUGUCGUUGAGACAAAUCGACGUAAAAUGGACUUUGUCACUAGAAGGUUGGCGAAUACAUUAUGUCGCUGCUUCUAGGCAGACAAGGAUAGUCUAGCUUAGGUUACGCGAUUCGUAGGUGAAUGCCGGCAUUCCCUUGAUAAAUGCUUGCAUUCUCUUGGUAAACGCCUGCAUUUCCAAGGUGAAUGCCUGCAUUGCCUAGGUAAAUGCCUUCAUUCCCUAGGUAAAAGCCUGCAUUCUCUAGGUAAAGGCCUGCAUUCUCUAGGUAAAGGCCUGCAGUUCCUAGGUAAAUGCCUGCAUUUCCUAGAUAAAUGCCUGCAUUUCCUAGGUAAAUGCCUGGGUUUCCCUGGUAAAUGCCAGCAUUUCCAGUAAAUGUCUGCAUUUCCUUGGUAAAUGCCUACGUUUCCCUGGUAAAUGCCAGGAUUUCCGGUAAAUGCCUGUGUUUCCUUGGUAAAUGCCUGAGUUUCCUUGGUAAAUGCCUGCAUUUCCUAGGUAAAUGCCUGUGUUUCCUUGAUAAAUGCCUGUGUUUCUUAGGUAAAUGCCUGCAUUCUGUAGCCUGCAUUCUUUAGGUAAUACCUGCGUUUCUUAGGUAAAUGUGUUUCCUACAGAUUAAAAUGACUUGGACACAGAAAACAAGAGCUGAUCCUUUCAGACCCUUUGAAUGAUCUGACAAGUGAGAUCACCUCCUCUGGACAGGUGAAGGUGAUCAACCUGAUUCAAAUGGCACUAGUGAAUUCAGUAUGGCUUUGUUAAGCCAGGUAUAUCCUUACAUAGUGUUCUUGGUUAAGUGGCUAGACAUGUUACAUGCAGUGGAACUAUUCAGACCACAAAGGUAAAUUGGCUACCAACACUUGCAUAGUUAGAAGUAAAUCCUGUUAUUGCAUAAUAAACAAGUAUGUUAAUAAUAUCAUUGAUAAUAUUAUCUUAAACUUGCAAAAUUAUGUAUGAUUAGCUACAAACAAUUCAUCUAAAUGGUAACUCUAUUAUUAUGUAUUUUAUUUGGUUGUGUUUAUGCUAUCCAAAUAUUUAUGGUAAUGUACGUACAAUCGUUUGUGUAUAUAUAU